CAGGCUGUUCUUCAGGCUGUUCUUCAGGCUCAUUGCUGGUCGGGAGUUUUUGUCAGUAGCCUGUUGGCAAGGUUUAAAAAGCAAGUCUGUGAAUUGUUGAGGCUGUUAGCUAAGAUGUUGAAGAUGUGGAGGCGAGACGUGCCGCUCUCAGAGAGGCUGGGCGAGGACUCUCCCCUGGCUGCCGCACCUGCCCCGCCAACGGCAGCCCCUACGGGCCCUAACAUUUCAUGGUUCCCUGAAGCCCCAUUGCUGAGCCAAGACCAGCCUAUCUUCCUCAUGACUCCCGCGGCACAGGCUGUGGCUGGCUUCUUCGUCUGGACCGCACUCAUCCUCACCUGUCACCAGAUCUACAUGCACCUACGUUUCUACAGCUCACCUAGGGAGCAGCGCCACAUCGUACGGAUCCUCUUCAUCGUUCCUAUCUACGCCUUCGACUCCUGGCUCAGCCUCCUCUUCUUCACCAACGACCAGUACUACGUGUACUUUGACACCGUGAGGGACUGCUAUGAGGCAUUUGUGAUUUACAACUUCCUGAGUCUGUGCUACGAGUACCUGGGAGGAGAGAGCGCCAUCAUGGCUGAGAUCAGAGGAAAACCCAUCGAGUCCAGCUGCAUGUACGGUACCUGCUGUCUGAGGGGAAAGGCCUACUCCAUCGGCUUCCUGCGGUUCUGUAAGCAGGCCACGCUGCAGUUCUGCGUGGUCAAACCACUCAUGGCCGCCGUCACCGUCAUCCUGCAGGCCUACGGCAAAUACAAGGACGGAGACUUUAAUGUUGCCGGCGGUUACCUGUACGUGACCAUCAUCUACAACAUCUCCGUCAGCUUGUCUCUGUAUGCCCUCUUCCUCUUCUACUUCUCCACCCGGGAGCUGCUCAGCCCGUACAGCCCCAUGCUCAAGUUCCUCAUGGUCAAGUCCGUCAUCUUCCUCUCCUUCUGGCAGGGCAUGUUGCUAGCCAUCCUGGAGAAGUUUGGAGCCAUCCCGCAGAUCAACUCGGUGGAGGUGUCUGUCGGCGAGGGGACGGUCGCUGCUGGCUAUCAGAACUUUAUCAUUUGCAUCGAGAUGUUUUUCGCAGCGCUGGCUCUGCGCCACGCUUUCACAUACAAAGUCUACAUGGACAAGAGUAUGGAUUCACACGGCCGCUGUGCCCCUAUGAAGAGCAUCUCCAGCAGCCUGAAGGAGACCAUGAACCCCGGCGACAUGGUGCAGGACGCCAUCCACAACUUCUCCCCGGCCUACCAGCAGUACACCCAGCAGUCCACGCUGGAGCAGGGGGUACCGCCGGCCAUGUCCCGCACCCAGAGUGCCAUCAACGCCCGGGGUGACACAGAGAAGACCCUCCUGCUCAGCUCCGACGACGAAUUCUAGAGCAGGAAAAAUGUCAAGUUUACAGCUGAUUCUGAUUCAGACUGUUUUUUUUUUUUUUUUUUAUGGCGGAUGGUACUUAAUCCUCCCAUGCAGACGGCACUCUUCAAUGUGUGAGUGAUUAGAAAGGUGUGUGUUUGAGUUUUUUCUGUUUUUGAGGCUGAUCACGAAUGCGAGGACCUUCCUGCAUCAACAUUUAUGUACCCACAUUUCCAGAGCGACUUAUUUGGUGGGAACACUUUAAGCAGAUUUGAUGUUCAAAAAAGUAGGCCAGAAAAUGAAAAGGGUUGUGUUAAGUUUGGAAAGUUUGUGAGUCACACUUCCAUCUACUGAGUCAUACUUGACUUUUGGACUGAAAUAUUUCUGGCUUGGAUAACUUCACAUUUCAGCUCAGUCUUGUAGGAAUGUAAUCGUCCUAAUGGAUUCAGUUUUAUUUUGUUCUGGACAUGAACUGGUUUGCAUUUUAAAGGCCCUGUUGUUUUCAGAUUGUCACUGGCUGUGUUUUCAGUGUAGUAGCAGCCUUUUGAUACAGUCAUAAAAAUAUAAUGGGGAACAUAUGAUAUGUCUAGAUAAAUUGUAAGAAAGCUGGGGGAACCUGGUGCAUUGUGGGAUUUCAAAGGACUUCCUAUAUUACAUUGUUGGGAUGUUUUUAAAGGGAAACCAAGUGAGUUUUGAGUUUAUGUCAGUUGUGUGGAUCAAUGUUGUUAUUGAUAUAAAUGGAGCAGAUUAUAGAUUAUACAGUACAUCUGCUGCAGGAUUGAAGGGCGACAGCAGAGCUGGUCAGGAUUACAGUACACUGGUGUAAAUUCAAUGGCUGGGAUUAAAGCUCGUGCCUGUUCAGUCGGGGUGGACCGCUGCAGACCACAAUGUAGGUUAACUGGAUUGAGGGAUAAAGGACAAAGGAAUAUAGGUUAAAGAUAACGUUAGAUGCUUGUUCUCAGUAGAGGAGCGCUACCAUAGGAAUUCAACCUUUUCUCUGUUUAUAUACCUACAUGAGUCCAAAUAAUUAAGUCAAACUGACUAAAAUGUUCUCACUUGUGUGUGUGAAAUGAAUUAAUAUAGCUAUUAUGCAUCAUUUCCUGUAAUUCAAUAGAUAGCUUAUUUUUGGACAUAUUUCUCCCUUUGCAGCAAACAGCCAAGGACUAAUCAGAUUAACAGCAUCAUUAGUCACUGCCAAAAUUGUAAUAUUCAUGCCCCCUAAGGAACUCUAAUGUAACCUUUAUAUAAUGCUAUUUCUUUCUUUGAUACAUACAUGAUUCAUCAAAUAAGUACUCAUCUUAAAAAUGCACAAAGGAUACACGUACAUGCUUAUUUCUUAGCAAAAAUGAGUUCCUGUUUGACCUAUUUUGAAUAUUUCUUUUGAGUAGUUUAAUUUCAAUAUAUUAUCUUUUGAAAUAUCAACACAUUUCACCACCUAGUGUUCCUGAUUGGCUCCAAAUACUUAAGACAGACUUAAAUCCAUCCAGAUCCAGUGAGUUUUCUGCACUUGCCCUGACACACCCAGGGUAGUGACUGCUUUGUCAGCCAGUCAGGUUUCAGUAUUGUACGUCUUUUGCUUGUAAGGACGUAAGUUUUAAGCAUAAACUAUAUUUUCUGCACAUUUUACAGUUGUUAUCCUGAGCUAUGGUAUAUUUGAAAAAUGAAAAACUGAAUAUUCGCACAGUUAUAUGGGAAAAUAUAUUAUGUUUACCACAUUUUCAUCUUGUGCACUUUCAAUAUCGUCAAUAUUCUCUGUUAGAAAAUAACAUAUAUUACGUAUUGCAUUUAUUUUACUUGGAUGCUCUUCUGCUCCACCAGUCAGUCUUUUUUUGUAACUCUGAUUUAACUUUACCGCAGGCAGAGCUGGUUAUUUUUUAACACAAAAUUAAAGUCUUUGAGUCUUCUGAAUGAGUCAUACCGGGUCUGCUGACAUGUUUACUGUAACCAGUCACUGCUCUGCUGUAGCUCCGUAUGAACACUAGAGGGCCGCGUGGAAAAGACCUGCACACACUCACUCUCUUAUCUGCAAGCAGACAGGCAGUUAUCACACAGGUUAAGCUUGGUGCACAUGUAACUGCUUUGUCUGAGCACCAGUCCGUCACUUGUUCUAAUCCUCAGAGAGAAGAAGCCAGCCUCAGACAGUGGUCAUGGGUCAUUUUUUCUUUUUUUACAUUUCUGCUUCUGCCUGACAUAAUAUUGGUUUUAAAUAGGAGAGCAGCCACGUCUGUGCACAGCAGCGUACUAUUUUUAGCUGUGCUUAGUGUUGGGCUGCUACAUUUUGACAUGGAUACACUGACUGAGCUUCAUCCCGCUACAAAUGACCCUGUGUUUCUUUCAUAAAAGCUGUUUUUUUUUUUGUUGCAAUUACGGUUGACUGUAUGUGCACACAGUUUUCUGUCCAUAUAAAUGCAUUUUAAUGCUGAACCGUUAAAUGACAGUGCCGAUAUUUUGGGGUUGAAGUUUUUUUUUUUUGUGCAUCAGUUGCCGUGCUUCUUUAAUUUUGGAUGUUUGGACACACUUUGAAUGCCAUAAUUCAGUGGCAAGCUUAAGCUUCAUCCUCCUCCACGUGUUAAAAUGUACCGCUGUUUAUGAAUCUAGCUGAAGAAAUGCUGUAAAUGAAUGUUGUAAAUACAGUUUUAAGUCUUCAGGAGGAUAAGUAGUGAUGUAUGUUGAAAUAGUUGUAUAUGCUCUAGAGAUGGAGCAAGAAGAGAAAAAGACCUAGUUUUGUAUUUUUACUUAAUGUCUUUUUUUUAUUAUUUUGAUGACUUUUGGUUUUUAGUUCUUUGUAUAUGAUGAAGCUGCUCAUGACGAUUUUAUUUCAUCUCAUGUGGAAAAGAUAUAUAAUAAAAGAUAUUUAGU